AUGCCAAACCAACAAAAGAAAGUCAUUUUUUGCAUGGCUGGGGUGUUAAGCUUUGUGUGCGCCCUCGGAUUGGUGACAGCCCUGGGAAUACCGUUGUGGAUCAAAGCCACCUUCCUCUGCAAAACGGGGGCUCUGCUCGUCAAUGCCUCUGGGCAGGAACUGGACAAGUUCAUGGGCGAAAUGCAGUACGGGCUUUUCCACGGAGAGGGCGUGAGGCAGUGCGGGCUGGGAGCGAGGCCCUUUCGGUUCUCACUUUUCCCAGAUUUGCUCCAAGUGAUCCCUGUGAGCAUCCACGUCAACGUCAUCCUCUUCUCCACAAUCCUGGUCAUUCUAACCAUGGUGGGAACAGCCUUCUUCAUGUACAAUGCUUUUGGCAAGCCCUUUGAAACCCUGCAUGGUCCACUAGGGUUGUAUCUUCUGAGCUUCAUUUCAGUGGCAAACAGACUCCCGGCUCUGCAGCACCAGCCGAAAAGCUCCUGUGGCUGUCUUGUCAUGAUACUGUUUGCCUCUGAAGUGAAAAUCCACCACCUCUCAGAAAAAAUUGCCAAUUAUAAAGAAGGGACUUAUGCCUACAAAACGCAAAGUGAAAAAUACACCACUUCGUUCUGGGUUGUUUUCAUUUGCUUUUUUGUUCACUUUUUGAAUGGGCUCCUAAUACGACUUACUGGAUUUCAGUUUCCUUUUGCAAAAUCUAAAGACACAGAGACAACUAAUGUAGCUGCAGAUCUAAUGUACUGA